UUCACCGCGAACGCAUACUACUGCAGUGAUUAUCGAUUUUUGUUUUCAUUUGGAUAAACUGUCCAUAGAACAGAACCGAACUCUGCUAAUCUGUCAUUGGUAUUGCGUGCUUGGUUGCGGGUUGCAUUUAUCUCGCGUUCGGAACUGGCUCGGUGGUCAAAUCCAGUGAAGUAUUAUUUCUCUCUGGCCGUGCUUUUCGCUUAUCUAUUUAGUGCUAUUGUUAAUAGAAGCGAUUAGCGGUGAUAAGCGAAAAAUUUUGAUUACUGCAAAAAAACUAAUAAGCUUCAUUGGUGAAUGUGAUUGUUUUCUGGUUCACAGUGUUCCUGCCGGAAGCACUCCUAUACUAAGGUUCUGCGAAAUUUUCGCUAUUGGCCGUGUGCCGGUGGUUGCGGUGGAAUCAAGUGAAACAGUAAAUUUGUGCAGUUUUUAUUUUGCAGUCGAGGCCGAAGAAACUUUUUCCUGACUCGCCUCGUUUAUUGUUGCUAGCACUCGGCGGGGCAUACCUAUUUCGGGGCCGAAUUCUAAAAGUGUCAAUCAACAGGAAACCCGUAUGAAAGCGGCGACCGAAUAAACGAUAAUUUCACGUCAGUCACGAAAUUGCGGUAAAUGUUUCGAUAAACUCGAAAAUGGCAGUCGUAUUUCGGUGCAAUUAGAUUCUGGAUAUACCUACGUUUUGCAGCGUGAAUAUAGUGUUUAGAGUUUAGUGCCGUGACGUGAAAGGGUAGGAAUUUGUUUGGUUUAUCUGUUGGAAGUGAACUUUUCGGGCAGGAAAACAAUUUUUAUUGGAUGUGCUCUGGUGCUUUGACCUAGGUCUGAUAGGAAAUAAUUUUUGGUUAAUUGGUGCUUAUAAAGGUUUCGUGAAUUAUGUUUUUGCAGUUUUAGUGGAAAUAUUGGAAUUUGAAAGCUUCGUUAGGAAUCGUUGAUAGUUUAGUAUUCAAACUAUUCUACUCAGAUCAACUCAUAUUUCGACUUUGUGGUUCUCCAGAUUUAAGGAUUAUUUCAGCUAUCUGCACGUACUUCUAGAGGACACAAAGGCAGCCGGCAGCCAUGGGAAACAUACACACCGUAGGACCGAACGAAGCACUCAUCGUAUCAGGUGGAUGCUGCGGAUCAACAAAGAAGCGUACAAUCGUCGGCGGCUGGGCAUGGGCCUGGUGGUUGGUAACUGACGUCCAGCGGCUUUCGCUGGAAGUCAUGACGCUGAAUCCAAUGUGCGAAAUGGUGGAAACUGCCCAGGGAGUCCCACUAACAGUGACAGGUGUUGCACAGUGUAAAAUAAUGAAGGCCGACGAGCUGCUCGGUACCGCCAGCGAACAAUUUCUGGGAAAAUCGGUGAAGGAAAUCAAGAUGACAAUCCUGCAGACCCUGGAAGGACAUCUGCGUGCCAUUCUCGGAACUCUUACAGUCGAAGAAGUAUACAAAGACCGCGACCAGUUCGCCGCACUGGUGCGAGAGGUAGCAGCACCUGAUGUUGGCCGCAUGGGUAUCGAAAUCCUGUCGUUCACCAUCAAAGAUGUGUACGAUGACGUCCAAUAUUUGCAAUCGUUGGGAAAAGCACAGACGGCCAGUGUCAAGCGAGACGCAGACGCCGGUGUUGCCGAAGCAAACAGAGAUGCCGGAAUACGGGAAGCAGAGUGCGAAAAGAGUGCAAUGGACGUUAAAUAUUCGACGGACACAAAGAUUGAAGACAACGCCCGAAUGUAUAAAUUACAGAAGGCAAACUUCGAUCAAGAAAUUAAUACUGCGAAAGCUGAAUCUCAACUCGCCUACGAGCUGCAAGCAGCGAAAAUUCGCCAGAAGAUUCGUAAUGAAGAAAUUCAGAUCGACAUAGUAGAACGUCGUAAACAAAUUGAAAUCGAAACCCAGGAAAUCGCUCGUAAGGAGUGUGAGUUAUCUGCCACGGUUAAACUUCCGGCUGAGGCAGAGAGCUAUCGUGUUCAAACUAUUGCGGAAGGUAAGCGUACGCAAACGGUCGCAAAUGCUAGGGCAGAAGCAGAACGGAUCAAAAAAAUUGGUGCCGCCGAAGCAGAAGCGAUAGAAAUGAUUGGCAAAGCGGAAGCUGAACGGAUGCGGAUGAAAGCUAAUGUUUACAAACAAUACGGAGAUGCCGCUAUCAUGAAUAUUGUGCUCGAGUCACUGCCAAAGAUCGCCGCUGAGAUUGCUGCUCCUCUGGCGAAAACCGAAGAAAUAGUAUUAAUCGGUGGUAACGAUAACACAACGGCUGACGUGACACGUCUCGUUGGUCAGCUUCCGCCUGCUAUCAAUGCUCUUACAGGAGUGGACCUUUCCAAAGUGUUAGGCAAAAUACCAGGAGCGAAAGCAUAAUAAACACAAAACUGGAGCGUACAUUAACCGCAACCGUUGAGCCGUAAGAUGUUCUAGCAAAUCGUUCAAAAAAAUGUAUUCAAUUGCGACAUUUUUAAAUUUUUAGUACACAAUUCGUACUCAUGUUUGUCCCAGACUAUAAAAAGAAGGAAAAAAACGAAAAAUAUUUGGUUUACCAAAUAGUCUCAAAUUAGACCACCUCUGCGCUUGACCCUUUCUCGUCCGACUUUACACCCUAAUCAGUAAACAUGUUCACAUAUCCGGAUAACAUAAUUAAUCGGUGUAAUUCAAAACACUGAUUAUUGUGCAACACAAUUUUAACUACAGUUUCGAAGAGAAAAUCUAACACAACAAGAACAAACUCAACGGUUCAGCUCUUACUUUCAACAUUUAAUUUACAAACCGCCAAAUUACUAUCAAAAAAAAAAAAAUGGUUCAUGCAGUCAACCAACAUCAGCAGCAGCACACCUCUCAUUUCCAUAAACAGUGACUCGAAAUCGAAAUAAAUAAUCAUAUAAUAUUUUUGAGGGUCCACGUAAAUCGAAUACGUUAGUCUGUUCUUAAUCAUGGAAAUUGAUAUUAAAAGCAACUUCUCGAUAACUAGUUUAAACAAUUCAACGUACAUAAAUAUAUAUUACCAUCAAAAAUCGAAUUACGACGACUGCCAUUGCGGUGUGAACCAAAAAAAAAACACAAAUCUUUCAAAUGCGUGUGAGCAUCUUUUUGUUAUUGUUCGUUUGAACAAAGAUAUGCAUGUUUUAUUUUAUAUUAAGUUACGUUAAUUACGUAUUAUUUUUUGUUUAGAAUAUCAUUGUUUGAUUACUGUGUUCAACCAACCCAAAUAUAUUAAAUGCCCAUUUAAAAACUCUAUAAACCCAAAAAUGUUGCAAAAAAAUCAGCAGUCAUUAGUGCAACUUCAUGCCGAAUGAACGAAAAAAAAUAAAUUUUCAAAUCAAUCUUCUCAGUUUGGCUGAAAAAUUACACAAUUGAGCUAUUGUACAAAUAUGUUAUUUCAUAUAGUUUAGCCGAUGCAUCAACUUUGCAGUUUUUCGAGACCAAAAGCACUUUCUUUCCCCGCAAAGAUAUCCACAAGGCCACCUGGAGAUCAUCUGUUCAACGAAUUAUAAACCAAAUCGACCACGUUGUCAGCGAUGGGUAGCUUUUGUCGAACAUUACCAACAUGCACUCCCCAUGGGGUGCGAAGAUUGCCUCCAACUUGUGUAAUGGUCACAUGUGCGCUCAAAUCUAUCGACGUUAUACCAUUCGAUACUUGGACAACCCAAAAACUGCCUGCAGGAUAGGUCCUACCGUGAGAAAGGCCGCAAACGAGGCGCUAGGUGAAGAAACCACAAGUGCACGAAAUAAUUGGUUCUACGGGGAAUACCAACAAGCGAUGAAGAGGAAAAUAAGUAAGAUUAGGCGAACGGCCCACGAGCCGUUCAAAUAAACCGGUUCACAGGAAACAACGGUCGACAGAAAGACUGCUAUAAAGAACAACGGUUCUUCGAAUGUACCGAAGCUUCGCAAAUCUUUUUUUACUGACCAACUCUCAGCUUAGCGAACAUGCGUACUUGCUGCUGCUACGAUCCUUGUGACUCUCACAAUCUCUCCCAGCCGCGAUCUGGUCGCCGUCAUUACAGCUGAAAAUCUGGUCUACAUUACCAGACGCAAGGCAAGACGUUUCGAUCAAGUGCCACCCAAAUGAAGCUGACAAUAUAAAACGCUAAUCAGACCUCUAGGGACUUGAGAGUCCCGUUGUACACUUAACGAAAGUCAGGAUACUACAGUAAGCCUGGUACGUCGCGAGGCAGGAUUAGAAGGGCUCAAUGAACGUGAAAGAUGGCUCGAUCAGAUCAAAGCUGACUUGCGAAUGCCGAGAAGCUCGAAAAAUUGGCGACGAGCAGCGCAAUGCAGAUACACUUUUGAACACCUGUAAUUCAAAAAUACUAUCUACGAUUUUGAACCAGUUAACAAAUUUUCAGUCAAAACAGAGAAGGUAGAUCCAGAUCGAUUAGCAAUCGUGGAACUGCUUAUUAUCGAUCUGUCGUCUAAAAAGCACCUUAUUCAAGCAGCUACAUGGCUUAGCUCCUCGAAAGAACUGUUCAAUCAUCAGAGAAACGCUUAAUCACUUUCGUUGUAUUUGUAUGUUUGACUCGCACACAAAAAGAAUGUAAUGUUUAUCACGUGUAUUGUGGAAUACAAUAAUAUCAUAGGACACAAAAAUUUUGUUCUCGAAGGCUUACCUGCAAAACAAUUUUUCCUUGCAAUUGUUCUAGUUAAUUCAAAACCAGAUUGAAUAAAAUUCACCUACUUUUCUUUUAUCAAUCACUAAGCAAAUAUGAAGAUAUUUUUCUCAGCCAUACUGAAAAAGGGUAACUAAUGUUCUCGCAGUUUUUGUAACUUUAUUUAAUACCAUAGAUCAUAUAUUUUACGAAGGCACAAAAUAAUGCUGCCAGUAACGAUAUGAACAUUUCUUUUUAGCCAAACCUAUGACACAUAAGUCAACUAACAUUAUUGUUUAUUUCACUUAUUGAUUAAAUAUUGUUCGUUUCAAUUGUUUUUCAUUCUCAUUUUUAUACUUAUUUAACAUCUAUUUUAUAAUAUUCUCGAAGCCAACUUGUUGAAUCUUAUUAAAUGUUGUAACAGACAUUAUUUAAGAUGCCAAUUCUUCCUCUAUGUACAUUCUAAUUUAACUGAAAAUCGAUAGCUAUCAGUAUCUUUAGACUAGCGGAAAGAAUAAACCUCUAUAAAAAUCCACUGGCUAGAAAACUAGUGUAUCACACAUCUAGAGAAAAAGUAGUAAAUCAAAAAGGCUUCGGUAAAAUUUCUUUAAUCAAAAAACUAAACAAGAUCGCGGAUGCAAUUAUUCAGCAUUUUUAUAAUGCCAUCAACAGCCUUGCUAAAACAAAUCUUAUAGCUGAUAAGUCUAGAAAAAUACCAGUUUCGCGUUACAUUAUUCCAGCUUGUGAAAAAAAACAACGUACGACUACGCAGCUUUAAGAAGCCAACAUGUGUGGCAUGUUUGCUCGCUCGCUCUGUCCGCAUAAAUAGUUUAUCGUUUUCUUCUUCUCAUGCCACGCAAAACCUCUAGAAUCGUACAAAUUCCUCUAACUAAAAGUUUAGCAAAAUCAUUACACACUGUUGUCAUCUUCAGUGCACAGCAAGUAGGAUCGAAAUUAUACUAAACCCUAGUGCAAAUUCACGACAAACCGAGUUCACAUCCAGGAAGAGGAAACAUAACUAAAAGGUAAACCUAACUGCAGAUACAAAAUGUAUAUUUUUAUACUCCUUAUAUAUAUUGAGCUAGGCGAAGGAAAUCAAUAUACAAAUGAACGAUAUUAAAAUCAUAUUUUUGAAGUCGUGUAGAACUAGAAAAUAUUCUAACGGAAGAAACUGCAAAUGAUGUCGGGACGCAUCAGAAUCAGUUGGCUUUUCUGCUUAUUCAACCAGAUGUUUAACGAAUUACUAUUACUUUCACGUUCCUCGCUGUGAAACGUCUACGAACAUCACCUACCAAUAGAAACCGUAUCAUUUACUUUGUCACAAUAAGCAAAAUGUAUUAUACUGAACCGAAUGUUACUACAUUUUUAACACACCUAAGUUAAAACUAACGCCAAUUCUGUAUUAUAAGUUUACCAACUUGGGCGAUGAACUUUCAUCCUUAAAUGCAUUUGAACAAGAGUUAACCUUUUAUAAUAGGAUAAAAAUUAACGCAAUGGGUCAUGCAGAAGUAAUUUCCGAACGAACUAAAAAUCCUUUAAAAUCAUCAAAUUAAUAUGCAAACCAUUAUCCUUCCCGAGUUUUGCCCUUUUCACUUUUUCCGUUUUUUGAAGUGUGUGAAUGUGUUCCAAAUCGAUCGAGCAAAUUGUGUAAUCUUGUAAAAAAAACUCACGUACAUGUUAACCUACACGAAACUUAUUUCUGACCAAAGUAAACAAUAUAUAAUCACAGUCAUCAGCAACCAGUGGUUAGUUUCUAAAAAAUAAGCGUUGACGAUGUAAAAGAAAUAAAACUUUUAGUAAAUAUAUGCAGAAAACGUGUAACAACUCUGAUGAUUUAAAUAAAGAAUUAUGUAAG